UCGUGAACUGCGGAUGGAUACGACUGCACACUGCGACCCACGUGUAUAAAGACUGGUCUGGUGCCGAAAAGUAGUUCCUUUCCUUUUUCUUCCGUCAGGGAGCGCAAGGGACUACACUUUUGCUGCAUUUUAUUCAAGAAAAAGUCAACGAAAUUACCAAGAUGCCUGAAGAAAUGCACCAAGAGGAGGAGGUUGAGACCUUUGCCUUCCAGGCAGAGAUCGCUCAGCUGAUGUCCCUGAUCAUCAACACCUUCUACUCCAACAAAGAGAUCUUCCUUAGGGAGUUGAUCUCAAACGCUUCUGAUGCUCUGGACAAAAUCCGCUAUGAAAGCUUGACUGACCCCUCAAAACUGGACAGUGGCAAAGAUCUGAAAAUUGACAUCAUUCCCAACAAAGCUGACCGGACUUUGACCCUGAUUGACACCGGGAUUGGCAUGACCAAAGCUGACCUUAUUAACAACCUGGGCACCAUCGCCAAGUCGGGCACAAAGGCCUUCAUGGAGGCCCUCCAGGCUGGUGCUGACAUCUCAAUGAUUGGUCAGUUCGGUGUGGGUUUUUACUCUGCUUAUCUUGUUGCUGAGAAAGUGGUCGUCAUCACCAAACACAAUGAUGAUGAGCAGUACGCCUGGGAGUCAUCUGCUGGAGGUUCCUUCACAGUCAAGGUUGACAGCGGCGAGCCCAUUGGCCGUGGAACUAAGAUCAUUCUGCACCUGAAGGAGGACCAGACAGAGUAUGUGGAGGACAAGAGGGUCAAGGAGAUCGUUAAGAAGCACUCUCAAUUCAUUGGCUACCCCAUCACCUUGUUUGUGGAGAAGGAGCGCGACAAGGAGAUUAGUGACGACGAGGCAGAGGAGGAAAAGACCGAGAAAGAGGAGAAAGAAGAAGAAGCUGAAGACAAGCCCAAGAUUGAAGAUGUGGGUUCAGAUGAUGAGGAGGAUUCCAAAGACAAGGACAAGAAGAAGAAGAAAAAGAUCAAGGAGAAGUACAUUGAUCAGGAGGAGCUGAACAAGACCAAGCCCAUCUGGACCAGGAACCCCGAUGACAUCACAAAUGAAGAAUAUGGUGAAUUCUACAAGAGUCUAACAAAUGACUGGGAGGAUCACCUGGCUGUCAAGCACUUCUCUGUGGAAGGCCAGCUUGAGUUCAGAGCCCUGCUCUUUAUUCCUCGCCGUGCACCCUUUGACCUCUUCGAGAACAAGAAAAAGAAGAACAACAUCAAGCUGUACGUCAGGCGGGUCUUCAUCAUGGACAACUGUGAGGAGCUCAUUCCUGAGUAUCUGAACUUCAUCCGUGGUGUUGUGGACUCUGAGGACCUGCCCCUCAACAUCUCCAGAGAAAUGCUGCAGCAAAGCAAGAUCCUGAAGGUUAUUCGCAAAAACAUAGUCAAGAAGUGCUUGGAGCUGUUUGCAGAACUGUCGGAGGACAAAGACAACUACAAGAAAUUCUACGAGGCUUUCUCAAAGAACAUGAAGCUGGGCAUACAUGAGGACUCUCAGAACCGCAAGAAGCUGUCUGAGCUUUUGCGCUACCACAGCUCCCAGUCUGGUGAUGAGAUGACCUCCUUGACUGAGUACCUCACCCGCAUGAAGGAAAACCAGAAGUCGAUCUACUACAUUACUGGUGAGAGCAAAGAUCAGGUGGCCAACUCCGCCUUCGUCGAGCGUGUCCGCAAACGUGGCUUUGAGGUGCUGUACAUGACAGAGCCCAUUGAUGAGUACUGCGUCCAGCAGCUGAAGGAGUUCGAUGGCAAGACCCUGGUCUCUGUCACCAAGGAGGGUCUAGAGCUGCCUGAAGAUGAGGAUGAGAAGAAAAAGAUGGAGGAGGACAAAGCCAAAUAUGAGAACCUCUGCAAGCUCAUGAAGGAGAUCCUCGACAAAAAAGUGGAGAAGGUGACUGUGUCCAACAGGCUGGUGUCUUCCCCUUGCUGCAUUGUGACAAGCACGUAUGGCUGGACGGCAAACAUGGAGAGGAUCAUGAAGGCCCAGGCACUCAGGGACAACUCCACCAUGGGUUACAUGAUGGCCAAGAAGCACUUGGAAAUCAACCCUGACCAUCCAAUCAUGGAGACUCUGAGGCAGAAGGCUGAGGCUGACAAGAACGACAAAGCAGUGAAAGACCUUGUUGUCCUGCUCUUUGAGACGGCCCUGCUUUCUUCAGGCUUCUCUCUCGAUGAUCCACAGACUCAUUCCAACCGUAUCUACAGGAUGAUCAAACUUGGCCUUGGUAUUGAUGAUGAUGACAUUCCAACAGAAGAGACCACCACCACCACAUCUGUUCCAGAAGAGAUGCCACCUCUUGAAGGUGAUGAAGAUGCUUCACGAAUGGAAGAGGUUGAUUAAACGGACUUUACCACACUUCAAAACACUUAAAACCCUGUUUUACCAGUAGUUUAUUCCCUAAAAGUGCAGUAACUGUAAAUUAAAUCAUUCCUGUGGUGUGGAGGACCAGAGUUGCUGUUACUGGAACCUUACACUGCUAUUCCUUCGAAAAACUUUUAUUUUGCUGUGAAAUUACAAAAGUGAUUUUUUUUUUUUUUGUUUUGUUUUUUUUUUUUUUAGUACUGUUGCUCCGACUUAAAUGUUUGUGGUAAAUGUUCAGAUGUUGGUCUAUAGUCUGACGUUCAAAGGGUUUGCUAAAAUCAGUUCAUGUGCAAUGCUGCAUGGAGGGAGAGGACUGUUUGGUUCUUUUUGCCUGAGUUCAGGCCUGCCUGUGCGACAAGUCUUGUUUUGCAGAAAAUAAAAAGCUGUAAUACCUUG